AGAAAAUCAUGACGCGUCAUCUAGUGAUGAUUGCGAGUGUCGCUGUAAUCGUCUCCCUCACACUGUUACCGGGUUUAAUUUCUGGAGAGGAUCGACCAAAAAAGUGGAGAAGUGCGAAUAAUAAAGACCUUGAUGGACGUUUCAAGGAAUACAACAGAAGGAACACAAAUAAUCUGGAGAAGCGGUCACCGAGAAGUCGUGGGACACCUGAUGAGCAUUCGGGAAAUAACUUUUGCAAAUGGAACAAAGAGCAUGGAGAUUCAGUCAUCGGAUCAUAUGCAUCAGACAUAAAUAAUCGUGGUCCUGAUGGUAUCAAUGAUUCUGACACACCGCAAUUCUGGGAACGAUUGUCGGAAUUCAGAUCAAGGUUGACUGAAUUGAAUGACAAGUAUGCGUCGCAAAAUCAGUCGUGGAACCUGGAAGAAGUUCAAAAAGAUGCUGCCAAUCUCUUUAAAUGCGCAUCGCAAGUGGGAUUGGAAUCCCUGCGAAUUUGCGGAGAUUUUGCGCAUCGCUCCAUCGGAUGGAUCCCUCUCGAAGUGCUGAAAGAAAUACUGGCUAGCAUUCUUCUUUGA